AUGUAUGUUUGGGGACAACAAACAGAACGUUAUCCUGGAUAUUUUGACAAACCAGCAUUUUCGUGUGAUUCUUUCAAAAAUUCUCCAAGUGAAAUGGAACAAACAUUCCCUGUUGCCCACAGAAUUUUUGCUUCUUUUAAGCCAGAGGAGGUUGAAGGGGAUACAAAAUUUAUGGUUAAUUACAGCAUUAAUGAAGUAACUAAAACAAAAGAAAAAUAUUUAAGAAUUCAUUAUCCUCCACAAAUACACGAUUUAUUUAAAAAUGUAAAAAAUCAAAUUAAAGAAUUAUAUACAUUUUCAUAUAAAAUUAGAACAAUUGUUGAUGAAUAUAUUGAGGAAAUAUUCAAGUAA